CAAGAACAUGCAAGGCACCAAAGCACUUCUCUCAGAGUAGAAAAAGAAACCCUGACUAAGCCUUGUCCAACAAACAGUCAAGAAAGGGAUUUUCCCAACAUCAUUAUUGGGAAAUUCUGUCUCCAUUCUUAAAUGUACAGGUUUGCAAAAUCAGAGCUCUUCCCCUAUUCACCUCCCUUUCCUGUGUCUUCACUUCAGCUGAUAUAUGGCCAGGAAUCAUUACAGACCUCCCCACUCUGUUCCAAGUGAGAGGAAGCUGCUGUGCGCCUCCAGGCAGAUGUUACUGCAGCUGGACUGCCUUUAUUGACUGAGAAGGAAGAGAAAAAGUUCAAGGUAAGUUUUCAUUUGAAAGAGAGGCAAAGUCACUCAAGGAACUGUGCAGACUUUCCCACUGGGUAAUUCUGCCUCACAGGUGAACUUUAGAAAUAUUUUUUCCCAAAUUAAUCUGUGUUGCAAAGGCAUCACAUGUGACAGAUGGAAUUAUUUUACUUCUGGAAUAAUUUCAGAUAUGUCUGAAAAUGUCAAUCCAAUGAUUCCACUUACUUCAGAUAUGCCCAGCAAGAUGGAGACGGUGUGCAUUUUUGGAACGGGUGAUUUUGGAAGAUCUCUGGGCUAUAAGCUGAUGCAGUGUGGCUAUUCCAUUGUUUAUGGGAGCCGAAGCACUCAAAACACUGGACUGAUUCCUCAAGGAGCCACAAUCCUAUCUCAUGCAGAAGCUGCUGAAACAUCUGACAUUAUCAUUGUAGCAGUCCAGAGAGUGCAUUACAACUUUCUUGAAAGCCUACGAGAAAUCCUUGAUGAAAAAGUGUUGGUGGACGUGAGCAACAACCUUAAAAUAAACCAGUAUGCAGAAUCGAAUGCUGAGUAUCUUGCCCAGCUGCUCCCAGGCAGUAAAGUGGUCAAAGCGUUUAAUACAGUGUCAGCAUGGGCCCUGCAAUCAGGAGGCUUGGAUGCAAGCAGACAGGUAUUCAUCUGUGGAGAUGAUCGAAAAGCAAAAGAAAAGGUGAUGGAGAUUGUUCGGAGUCUUGGUCUUACUCCUUUGGAUAAAGGUUCUCUCUUAGCAUCAAAAGAAAUUGAGAAUUACCCUUUACAACUUUUUCCAAUGUGGAGAUUUCCCAUCUACCUCUCUUUUGCUCUCAGUGCAUUCAUAUUUUUAUACAGUGUUGUCCGUGAUAUCAUCUAUAAUCAUGUUGAGAAUGGAAAAAAUAAUUCUUUUUUUAUUGCUGUUACAAUUGCAAACCGGAUCUGCCCUGUUGUGGCACUCGUUCUUCUUGCAUUGGUCUAUUUACCUGGAAUCUUUGCAGCUAUUCUCCAGUUAUACAGAGGUACAAAGUACAGUCGUUUUCCUGAUUGGCUGGAUAAAUGGAUGCUCUGCCGGAAACAACUGGGAUUGGUCGCCUUGGCUUAUGCUUUCCUACAUGUUUUAUAUACACUGAUCAUCCCCAUUCGUUACUAUGUAAGAUGGAGGGCCAAUUCUUUUGUCCUUCAACAGGUGUUUAAUAACAAAACAGAACCAUUUUGGACUGGCUUUGCCUGGCACAGUGAUUCUUACCUUGCUUUGGGAAUCUUAGGUUUUUUCCUGUUUGUUCUCCUUGGGAUAACAUCCUUGCCUUCUGUCAGCAACAGUGUUAAUUGGAGAGAGUUUAGGUUUGUGCAGUCUUAUCUGGGCUAUGUUACACUGGUUUUGUGUACUGCCCAUACACUGGGAUAUGGUGGGAAGAGGUUCUUGAAUCAUCUCUCAUACCCAUGGUUCCUUCCUCCAAUUUAUUUGCUCGCUCUCAUUAUUCCUUGCAUCGUGUUGUUCAUCAAGUUUUUCCUAAUAUUUCCAUGUAUAGACAGACCAUUAACUGAAAUUCGACAGGGCUGGGAGAGGAAACACAAACAUAUGAAUCACUCAAACAGCAAUGAGAACACCAAAGAAUUAUCAUCUGUAUAAUUCCUGAAUUCCUGUUAAUCUGUAUAUUUUGAAAAGGACUGAGCAUAGUCAAAGCACUAACCAGCAGAGACGCACUGAAAAAAAUAUCUUGAAUACGAGCUUUUGUGAGUGAUCAGGGAAGAACUUUAUAAACCACAUCUGUCACACUUGGAAUGAGUUUCUGCAAGUUUUCAGGAUUAUGCUCAGAUACCCAUAAAACGGUUAUAGGAUUUCAGACCAGCAAUAGCUUUCCAGCCAAAGAUCUCUAUAUAAGUACACUAUAAAAUAUACAUAUCUAUAGUGCUACCUGCAUACAAAUUGUAUUUUCUUUCUAUCAGUAUCUUUCAAUCCAUAAAGAAUUUUUUUUAUCUAUGGGAAGCUAUGACUUUAUUGUGAGCUUAACAGGAGGGCUGCAUAAGAGAACCCUACACUCGACACUCUUUGGCAAUCAAUAAUGUGAACAAGAAAUGCUAAAUCCAGUCUUACUAAAGUAUACCUAACAAAA